UGUUGGCAGAAGCAGAAUGUUUGUUUCUGGGUUUCAUCUUGUUCGUAUCAGGGCUCGAGGGCCACGCAAACAGAAUCUGUGCCCUGAGAGGUUCGUCGGUGGAUCUGCCCUGCUCACCUGAACUCCCCACGUCAAGCAUAAACUGGUACACUGUGGGGUGGGAUGGUGCCAGCUUUUAUAGGAAUAACUUCUCUGCAGAUGGAAAUCGUACCGCGUACAACACAUUUGGAGAGAGUAACUUCACUCUAACGAUAAAUGAUCUACGAGAGAGUGAUACAAAUUUUUACUGCUGUGGAAAUACAGACAACAAUGCAGGACACUGCUGGUACUAUAGAACUCAGCUCCAGGUCACAGACCUGCAGGUGAAGGUGAUUCCCUCCACAGAGGGACACACAGUAACACUGAUGUGCAGCACCAGCUGUCCUCUGACUGAAAACCCUGCAGCCUACAUCUGGUACAAGAACAGAGAGUUUCUCUAUGAGGACUGGUCUCCCUGGUACCAACAGCUGGUCAGCAGUGAGGAAGCAGUCACAUACUCCUGUGCUAUCAAAGGCUACGAGGACCUCAGAGCCCCUCAAGUCUCAGUGGAUUCUGUCACAUCAGCCUGCUUCAGUGUGACCUAUGCUAAAGGGAGGAUGUGUUCUUAUGUGUGUGCAUCAGUGGAUGAGCCCUGCUCCAUCACAUAUCCAACAGAAGUAAGCAUUCAAAGUACUCCUCUGGUGAGCCACCUCUCCAGAGUGGCCUGUACCCCCAGCUGCCCUCUGACCCACAACCAGACGUCCUACAGGUGGUACCGGUCCAAACGCCUUUACAAAUACUCAGAGAGUCGCCGCAUCACCGUCGACACACUCGACGUCUCCUGUGCUGUAAAAGGCCACGAGGAUCUGUCCGCUGCUGGAUUCUGUAGUAACAAUAACAGCUGCAGCAGAGAGAGCUACGUCAGCAGGAGGAUCUGUGCUGUGGAGGGCUCCUCCGUGAACGUUCCCAGUGAAAACUUUCCCUACAGGCAACAUGAAUGUAAAAGACUGUUCAAAAUGAGGAGGAGUGGCGAGGAUGAUGCUAAGGAGCCGGCAGAGGACGCCGGUCGCCUGGAGUAUCACGACAACACGGACGGCAGCUGCAUCCUCAGGAUUAAAGAGCUGAGGAAGGGAGACUCAGCAGAAUACACGUUCAGAUCCCUCGAGAGACACAACCGAUGGGAAUGGUCCGAUUAUCCUGGAGUGACUUUGGUCGUCACAGGUCUGAAAGUGACGUUCACUCCUUCUGCAGUGGUGACGGAGGGUCAGAGAGUCACUCUGACCUGCAGCACCAGCUGUCCUCUGAACACAAACUACACCUGGACCUUCAACAGUCGACCUCUGAACCUGCCAGAGAACCAGAACAACAAACAGCUGGUUCUGGAUCCAUUAACAAGUCAGCACGCAGGAAACUACUCCUGUACUGUGAACAGUGAGAACAACAAGAUGUCUCCUGAGGCGACUCUCACUGUUCUGGAAAACUCACCGUCAAUGGCAGCGAUUAACGCAGUGAGACUGACGGUGGCGCCGCUGAUCCCGAUCCCUCUGCUUGUCUUCCACCUGUGGAUGAGAUGGACUCGGCCAUGAAUCCUGCAGCACCGACAGAACCAGCAGAACCAGAACCAGAGAGCAGGAACACACUGUGUUAUGUUCAGUGCAUAUCGACGCUUCACACGCACUGCAAAAGCAUCUCUCACAUCAGAGCUACUGCGAUACACAGCAUGUACAGAAUGUUUAGUUGUUUUUAAGUUUUAUAUUUUGCAAGUGAAUAAUGGAUUUUAAUUUGUCAAGUGAACAGAAACAUGAAUGUGACAUUAUCAGGUAACACUUCAUUCUACAAGUCUGGAAAUGUCAUGGUAAGAAGGUGAUAAUAACAAGUUAUAUGACUGAAAUUCAAACAAUAAUGACCUGAAAAUCUUAUGACGUGAUUUAAUUAUAAUAUUAGUUGGAAACUUGCAAACUGGUUUCUGUCUAGUUUAACUCAACAGGCCGCCAAAAUUCAAGUAAGCGGACUUUCCAGCGUGUUUCUACACAACUCCCUGCAGGUCAGUAAACUGGAGCACAUUUUUUAACCAGUUAUUUUGACACUCUCACCUGUGUGCUUCAAUUUACCGACCCGCUGUUCGGCAGAAAUGUGGAAAUUCAGCUGCAGCAACUCAUUUUAAUCCUUCAACUUUAAAUUGAGACCGUUUCAUCACCAGCUAAAAGUUCCUCGCAGAAGCUGUCUUCGAAUAUUUCAUUGAAAGUUUCAUCGUCAUGUUAAAAGAGUAAUAAAGCUGUAAAAAUAAAAAUGUCUUUUAAAUCGAAAUAAACAUUUAUAAUAAUCAUUAUUGA